AUGAGUAAGAGUUAAAAUCAAUUGAUAGAAAUCGGAAUCCCUCAAAUAACUCAAAUUACUUUCAAACAAAAAUCCUACAAGCAAGGUAGGAAGCAAAAAGAUUAGUUCCAUCCUUAUGAAUAGUCUUUUUCUAAUAUAAACAAUGAGUCAAUAUACGGUGACUUGAAUAGUAGAGGUGGUUUUAAUUAAUAGAAUAAACUGAACUCAGAGUAGAAGCUUCGAGACAUAUAUUAUCCAGAUAUUGAGUAACGGGAAAAAAAUUUGAAAAGCACUCUGAGAAUCAGAAAUGAAAAGAAAAAUAGCUAUAACUCAUAGUUAAAUUCCUCUUAAAAUUGUAGAUCCAGGUCUAGUAAGAGAAGUGGAAGUAAUCGCAAUUUUACUGCUAGUAGCAAAGGAGUAUCAUUUGAUUUAGACAAUAAACUUAGAUCGCCUGAUAAUAGUAAAGAUGAUUAUGAGAUUUUCUUAACAAAUCAUAAAUAGAAAAAAUAGAGGAAAAAUGUUAAGUAAAAGUAAGAGAAUGCAUAAGAAAACAUUUAAAAUCAGCAUUUUUAGCCCUAUGUUGUGAGUUUAAGAAAGGAAAAAGAAUAAAGCUAAUCAAAUGAGAAGCAGCAUAACUUUUUUAUGGAUCGCAGAAAUACAAUAUAAAGUGAUAGUAGUGACAUUGUAAGGAAUGAGUCAUAUCUCAUGUACUCUACUUUAGAUAAAACAGAUCGAUAAAAUCCUAUGAUAGAAACAAAUAAAAGAAUCCAUAAGCAAUAAUUAGACAAUAGAAUUAAAAGUGGAAACUAUAGAUCUUCAUCGGUAGUUAAAUCUUAAAAAAAUAGAUCUGCAACCGAAAACAAGUAAAAAGGUGAAUCUAAUAACCUCUCUACCAUAGACAUCAGAGGUAUUCAGCCAACUAAAUUAUCUAAUCAUAGAAUGCGAGAAAGACUUUUGAAAGAGUAAGAGUACAUAUAGUAACUACAGUAAAUCAAUAAAGACUCAUAGCAAAGUUUGCAGAUCAUUCAUAUUCCAAAUAUCAUUAACCAAGCACCAGAUUCAUAAGGAAAACCUAUUACUAACAUCAUCAACAUAAACAAUAACAAUAGUUUAUUGCAGUUGAAUAACUUUGCAAAUACUAUAAGCAACCAUACCUUCUCAGAAAAUGCUUCUUUGUUAACUAGGAAUUACACUUCAAGCACUAUUAUCAAUGUUUAAACUCAAAAACUAAAUGACUAUGAUGAUUCCAAUGCCUAGGUAAAUCUAAAAUAAUUGAGGAAUAAAAAGAACUAAAGACUGAAGUAAAAAUUAGAUGUACUGAUCUAAAAAUAAAAAUAGCAACAGACUGAGUUUCAUUAGAAUUAGGAAAUAAGAAAUAAUGAUAGAUAUUAGGAACGAGAAUAGAAUAAAAGUAUCUCUAAUAGCGUCUUUAUAGAAGAUAUCACUCCUGUUACUGAAACCAAUCAAGACAUCAGUAUCACAAUCAGCCACAUUAAUGAUAAUAUAAAGAAGAUUGAAGCUAGUUCGGCAAUUAACUAAAAUAUAUCUAUUUCUAAUUAGGCUAAUACUAAUAGAUCGAAGUCCUCUUUACUAUACUAAAGACCAAAAUAAUCAAAACUUUCAAGGUUUAAUUAAGCAUUCUUUGAUUCUAAAAAUGAUUAGAUUGAUCACAUGAAACAUUAGCAAAUGCUUGUAGAGGAUAAGAUCCUUAAAUAAAAAGAAGAAAUUGGAAAGCCUUUUAAAGAUAAAAGAGCUGUAAACAUUAAAAAUUAAGAUAAAAUAAAUUUAGAUAGGAUUAAAGAACAGUCAAGAAAUUAUCAAUUUAAGGAUUUGAGAAGGAUACACGAGCAUACUUAGAAAUAAGAAAUGAAGAUUCAAACUUACACACAAAAAGCAAAGCAUUAUAAUCCAACAAAGAGUUUUGGCCAGUAAGAAUCAUUUGUAUAAGAUUAGAAUCAAUACUUAGAGAAACCAAAUGAUUAAAGCUCCAACUAAAAUAAAGAUAAUUAGAAACUAUAAUUCAACACUCAUUAUAAUCCUAAUCACAAUGAGUACUCAUCCAAACUAUAGAUACUUAAGACGCCAAUACUAUCAACUCUGUCAGAUUCUAGGAAGUAUAUGAAUUCAUAAUAAAAACCAAAGAGACAAUCCUUAGAUGACUUCUAGCACAAUUAUCAUAUCAAAAUAACAGGUUCUAUAGAAGAUAUGGACUAACAGCAUUACUAUAUAGAUUAAAAGAUUCAAUCAGUGAUGAAUAAGUUUCAUUCAAUAAAACCCCCUAAAACUGCCAGCUCAUCUAAAUAUAUAUGUAAUAACAAGAGACUACUGCUUGAAAGAAAUAAUAGAAGUAACUCAUCUGAAAAUACGUCCUAAUUAAAUACAAAUCAUCCAUCAAAGUCCAUUCAAAAUUUAAGCGUUGAUCUUUAGCUUUCGAAAACUAAUCUAAUCAACUAAGAAAGAUCUAUGAAUACCCCAAUAGCUUAAAACUCCAGCUAAAAAUUUAUAAAGCCAAUGAAAAAUGGGAAAAUUGUUGUUGGUGGUAAAUCUAUUACAAUAAAGCAAUAUCACGAUUUAAAAGACUAAGAAAAAUUAAAGGAGCUAAAAGAAAAAGAGUAAAAAGAAUUACAGCAGAAACUUAUUGAAGAUGAGAAAUAAUAACUUAUAGCAAGAUUAGAGCAAGAAAAGUAGGAACUUCUUGAAUAGUAAAAACAGCAAUUCUAAGUUUAGGAGCAAUAGAAACUUUAGUAGCUUGAGGUAGUGCUUAGAGUGCAAAUUGAAGAGGAUGUCAAAAUUAAGUCAUAAAGAGAACAAGAACAACAAGAAGUUGAAAAAUAGUAACUAAUUAAUAAUAACUCCAUAAGUACACAGACCUUUAUAGAUAACUAAUCAAUGACUCUCUUAACUGAACCUCAAUCAGCUAUUUGUGACUGGACAACCUCGAGGCUUUACGAAAAAAUGAGGGAAUAAAAUUUGCUGAAUGAUCUCUAGAGUUAGAUAGAUCUGGUGAUUGAGGCAGAUAUACAGAAUGAAGAUGAUGCUGAGAAGCACACCUUAUUCUAUCACUAUAAGAAGUCACGAAAGAUUUACUCUCAAGUUGAAUGCCAGUAUCAUGCAAAUAUACUGAAGAAGAAGUAUCAAAGGAAGGAUGUAAUUGAUGAGGAGCAUCUUUAUGAUAUAUAUUUCAUUGCUUUGAAAACUCUCGGUGCUUUAAUGAAUCUACUUAUGCUCUACCCAUAAUGGAGAAGGUUGGAAGAAACCUAUUCGAAUCCAUAGAACAUUAAUGUUCAGAACACGAUUAAAGUACUUAUUAGAGCUUUUAAAAUGUAUGAAGCUAAUACUUAGAUUAUGAAGAUAAUAGACCUUAUUAUUAAAUAGGAUUAGCUUAAAGCUCAAAUAAACUCUAUGAUAGUUGAUAGUGAUGGACUUAUUACUGUAAUCAAUUAAUAAGAGGAUGCUAAUCUUUCAAUGGCAAAGCAUAUGAUGAACAAAAAUGAAAUUAAGCCACUAUAGUUGGAAUUGAAUAGAACAUGCAGUAGAAUACUGACAUCAAUUAGUAUACUCUAAGAGGAACAUAGAAUAUUCAAAAGACCUUUCAUAAUAUAUGGUAUGGACUAUAUUGAGUAGCUAUAGAAUGAAAUUCAAGACUUGCAGAAUCAAUUUGCAGCUAAAUACAUCUAUGUUGACUCCUCUGUUGAGAUUAAAAAGUCUAUUGAGAUGAGUGAUAAAUAAUGA